GAUCACACGCGAAUCAUCUUAGAAGAUAAUGAAUCUUCUUCGCCUGGAUUUUCUGAUUAUAUAAAUGCCAACUUAAUUAAGCCUAUAUUUCAGGUGCUUCCAGAAUAUGAAAUGUUUGCUGGGAUCAGUCGGUCAUACAUCUCCACUCAAGGCUGCCUACCAAAUACCGUAGAUGACUUUUGGCGGAUGAUAUGGCAGAAAAAAUGCUCCAUAAUCGUGAUGACCACCAAGGAGAUGGAACGUGGAAAGGUAGUUUUGGCGUCUUUGUACCCUAAUACUCGUUUGUUUGUGCGCUGUGAUUCUGUCAUUAAUCAUCUUGGCUUCGUGUCAUUAAAAAGCAAAUGUGCUAGAUACUGGUCAUGCGUCGGCCAGCAGAAAGUCUGUGGUUUAAACAAGGAAUUGACGAUCGUUACGGUGUCCGAAGAAACGUGCCCCGACUACACGUUACGGACGUUAUCGGUGAAGCGGAACGUUGAGUCCAAAGCCACCGAAGAGCGUACUAUUUAUCAGUACCAGUUUCUCGCUUGGCCGGAUCACGGCGUCCCGUCUGAUCCUAGUUCGGUUUUGAACUUCUUGGAGGAAGUUGACAGGCGAGCUGCAACGAUCAAAGACUGCGGUCCCGUUGUUGUUCACUGCAGUGCUGGCAUCGGUCGAACGGGUGCUUUCAUUGCCAUUGAUCUCAUAUUGAAUUCCAUUAAGCGAAACGGUUUGCAGUGCAUCAUUGACAUCAGAAGGACGGUGGAAAUGCUGCGUUCGCAGCGUUCGGGGAUGGUGCAAACGGAAGCGCAGUACAAGUUCGUUUACUUGGCUGUUCAGCACUAUAUCGACAUACUGGCGAAGCACUUGCAGGAGCAGAAGAGAAGUGAGGUGCUUCAGCGAGAGUACACGAACAUCAGGUACACAUCUGAAAAUGCGAAUUUCAACCUCUCUCCAACCAGUACCACAUUGAAAGGUAACGAUUCACAGUGCAAUUCGUUCAGCGAAGAAGUCGUGGCGUCCAACGCUGCAGCACUGGAAAAGUUGCAUUUGCAGCCUCCCCCAAGACCAAAGCGGCUUUUAAAGCAAGCGACAGGAACCCAGUGA